AUGGAUCCUAUAUCUCGUGCCGCCACAAUUCAAGCAGCACGUCAAGCGUUUGAGGAGAAAGAAGCAGCCAAAGCACGCAAGCUUGAAGAACAGCAACUGCGGGCUGAAGAGAAACAAAGGAGACGCAAGGGAAAAGAAGACUGGCGCACAUCACUUACAAUUGCAAACAAGCAGGAACCCAAGAAUCGGCUAUCUGAGAAGUCGAGUGUCACUGAAGAACUGGAUUCUCCCACGGAUCAACCACAGCGAAAGUCCACUUCAGGUUCUUGGAGAUCGGAAUCCAAGACGACUUGGAUGUUAUUUUUGACAUGGUUACGGACUAGGGUCUUCAAGAUGCGCAGGAAGUUCCAAAGUUUGGGCUGA